AGGUUUCCUCUCCUGCUCUCUCUCUCUCUCUCUCUCUCUCUCUCUCUUACCUACUGCCGCCACGACGAGGUUGUGCCUCAUCGUCGGCGACCUCACGUCGGCGGUCAGAGGACACUGCAAAGCCAGGCCUCAUUCCACCGAAGCCUUCUGCCAUCGAGAGGCGCUGCUCUGCUCCUCUUCCCCUCCGUCCUUCCAAGUUCCAAUUGGACUGGCGUUGGGUGGAUCCAUCCCAACUCGCAUCGAUUUGUUCUGUUGGUAAAUAAACCCUAGUUUGCUUGGAUGGAUUGUUCCAGCUGUUGGUUUUGUUCUGGGGUUUCUCUUCUUUUCAGAUUCGUUGCUGCGUGUCCCCGUGCUAAUCCAAUCCGAUUCAGUUCAUGGUCUGAUUAGGUUCUUCUCCUUCAGCGCGCAAGAUCAGUCUCCCUAAGGUGCGGGUGCAGUUUUUUUAAAAUUUUUUGGGGGGUUCAGUUCAGCUGAACCCCCAUGUCCCACGUUGUGCCCGCCCCCGUGUUAGUGGAGUUGCGGAGGGAGGCGCCAAUCGUGGAUGUGGCGGCUCAUGUGGAUGGGAAGGGCACAGGGCUACCUGCCAAUGGCACAUUGCUGAAAACUGUGCCUCAGGAUUUGGGAGGGAGUUCUGCCAAGGAGUUGCCACUGCACGAGGGCAAGGAGGUGAUCCUCGUGGAUGAUAAUGAUAGCGGACAGGAAGAUGAUGGGAAGGCUAAGGCGGAUGAGAACGCGCCCCACGUUGGGCUGAGAUUCAAAAAUUAUGAUGAUGCGCUAAAAUACUACAAGCAAUAUGCUGAGGAUUCUGGGUUUUCAGCGAUUAUUCUGAAGUCGUCUUAUUUAAAGUCAGGGGUGUGCCGAAGGUUGGUGCUUGGAUGUAGCCGAGCUGGGAGAGGGAGAGCAAAUGCAUGCUAUCUGUCUAGAGAGUCAACCAAGAUAAACUGCCCAGCGAGAAUUUCGUUGAAGUUAAGGCAAGAUAGAUGGCUUCAUAUUGAUGACGCUAAGCUCGAGCACAAUCAUCCACUCAACCAAUCCUCUGUGUCACUCCCGAACUGUUACAAGAAGUUGACAGAUGCCAAUAAUGGGGAACCAGCUUCACGAUCGAAGGGUCGCAGGAACGUUGCAGUUGAAAAAGAGCAAGGGAACUUUACUGAGAUAGGAAGGCUUAAAUUUGGGGAAGGAGAUGACGAGUAUAUCCAGAAGUUUUUUCGGAGCAUGCAGAAUAAGAACCCUUACUUCUUCUACUUAGUAGAUUUGGAUAAACAAGGGCGUCUGAGGAACUUGUUCUGGAGUGAUGCUCGGUCACGGGCAGCACAUGAGUACUUUGGCGGUGAUGUUGUUUACUUUGACACCUCAUACUUGACUGAAAAAUAUGAUUUACCACUUGUUUUCUUCACUGGGAUGAAUAAUCAUGGUCAGCCUGUUUUGUUUGGUACUGGUUUACUUUCAGAUCUAAGUCCUGACAGUUAUACUUGGUUAUUUAGAGCAUUCUUGGCAUGUAUGAAGGGUUGCCACCCACAUGCAAUCAUCACUGAGCAUUACAAUGCUAUUCUAGAUGCGGUUGGAGAAGUUUUCCCUCAAGUUAGACACCGCCUUUGCCUGUAUCGUAUUGUGAAAGAUGUAGUAGAGAACUUGAAAGAGCAUGCAGAAUUUAAAACAAUCAAGAAAUUACUGAAGAAAGUAACAUAUGGGUCUUUAAAAAUCCCAGAGUUUGAAGCAGAUUGGAAGAAGAUUAUCGAGGAACAUGGACUUGGAGAAAAUGAGUGCCUCAGUUCCCUAUAUGAGCAUCGCCAACUCUGGGCACCUGCCUAUCUCAAAGACAAGUUCUGGGCAGGGAUGUCAAUUUCACAGCGUGGGGAGUCUAUUUCUUCGUACUAUGAUGGGUUUGUGUACCCAAAAACUUCUUUGAAGCAAUUUUUCAGUAAAUAUGAGAUGAUAUUGGAGAACAAAUACAAGAAGGAGUUGCAAGCAGAUGAAGAAUCCUCCCAUAGGACUCCAUUGACUGUAACAAAGUUUUACAUGGAAGAGCAGCUGGCCAAAGCCUACACAAUAAACAUGUUCAGAAAGUUUCAGGAUGAGUUGAAAGCAACAAUGUAUUGUGAUGGUAUGCCAACUAAAGUUGAUGGCCGAAUUGUUACCUUUGAACUGAAAGAAUGCUCGUACAUGAAAGAUGGAAAGGACACAGAGAGCAGGACCUAUGAAGUUUAUUUUUGUAAAGAAGACUCCAUUCUUGAUUGUGAAUGUGGUUUCGUUCAGUUCACUGGCAUCCUAUGUAGACAUGCACUGUCUGUGUUGAAGUUACAGGAGACGUUUGAGAUCCCAUUAAAAUAUGUUCUUGAUCGCUGGAAAAGGGACUAUAAGAAAUUGCAUACUAGGGCAAAGAAACUUAAUGAAAUGCCCCUUGGUGGCGUAAUUGAGCGUUCCGAUUAUUUGUUCAAACGAUGUCGUCAGCUGCUCAAUCUAGGGUUUGUAUCUGAGAGUAGGUACCUUGUUGCUUUGAAGUUACUGAGAGAAGCAGAAAGGUCUCUUCUGGAUGAUGGACUAUCUGCUAGAGACAGGCAGCCGACACUUCUUCCAUUUGAUGCGCCGGAACAUUGUCAAGGCCUUUUUAAUCCUCAAUUUUCAGAGGGUGUAAAGAAUUCUCAGUCAGCCAAUGCAAAGUGUUGUGGUCGGCCACCGAAGAAAGUGACUGAAUCUAAUGCUGAUACCGUAACACAGCCAAAUAAAGAACAGGAUUUCCUACGGUCAUCAUUUGUCACGGAUGAUACUAAUAUGAUCCAAGGGACGCCCUCUGCCUCCCAUCUUGAAGGUCCUCACAUGGGAGUGCAAGGAGGCAUUGAUUUGAUGGAAGGAAUACCAAAUCUUUCAUUUGGUAAUCAUUUUGGAAUGGAUAUUAAUCACCAACAUCAAGUACCCAACCACCCAAGGAUGCAGCUGAACAAUUUCAUGCAGGUGCAGGUAGAUCCCCAUGGGUUUGGAAAUCAGUGGGUUUAUCAGCACUCAAUGUUGCAGGAUAAUCCACUGCUAAGAACUCCUACGCGAAGAGCAGGGUAGUGCAUAUUCUUUGCUCUAGUUAUGUCAUUAGAAUUUUAGGUACCAUGACUUCUCUGGCGCCUGUAAUGACUGCCUGAAGUACUAACCCGAAGAUACUGAGGCUAUAGCACUCCACACAUCAAGUUUGGCAACUGUGCAGAGUAUCCAAGGGAAAUUUUGCGUCAAAAAAACAUUUUUGACACCUGAUACUGGUAGCUGCUGUCGAUAGGCAUAUAUUUUUGCCUUUAAGCUGUACAUAAUCGUUAGUCGCGUCACAGGUUACAGGGUUGAGUGCUGCUGCAAAGUUUAGUGAUCAGAAUGUUUCUGGAUAUAUAAAUCGUUGCAACUUGCAAGUGUUCUUUUGUUUCCCUUCC